AUGCCCGAGACCAUCAGAGAGCCGUGUCUCAAAGACCUGCAGUAUCGCGGCUUCAUCGAAGGCAGCACCAUCAAAGAGAAAGAGUCGGGAAGAGAACUAUCUCACUACUUUGGCGGCCUGCCAUAUGGCCUCCCACCAAUUGGGCCCUACAGGUGGCAGCUGCCGCGCCCACUGCCGCCAUGCUAUCGCUACGGCACCCGCGCCAACCCCGGCCGCUUCACAGGCAACACGAGCAUGUGUCCGCAGGGCCUUCCGACUUGGGUAGCGAAUGCCCCGGACACCAGCAACCUUUGGGAUGAAGACUGCCUGCAGCUCAACAUCUGGAUUCCCGCCGGCGAUCCCCCAGCAGGCGGCUGGCCCGUACUGUUCUACAUCCACGGCGGCUUCCUGCAGGUUGGCAACCCAAACGACUACAACCCGGUCCCGCUGCUGUCCGAGACGCCCGCACGCUUCAUCCUCGUGCUGCCCGCCUACCGACUCAACAUUCUGGGCUUCCUCGCAUCGCGCGAGCUCCAGGCCGCGGCGGGCGGCGGGUCUGUCGGAAACUUCGGCUUCUGGGACCAGCGUCUAGCGCUCGAGUGGACGCACAGGAACGUGAGCUACUUUGGCGGCGACGCCGGCAACAUCACCGUGGCCGGCUACAGCGCCGGUUCGCACAGCGCCUUCAAGCAGCUUGCCUACGACCUCUACCUGCCCGACAACAAGGCCGUCAUCCGCCGCGCCAUCAUGUGGUCCAACGGGCCGGGCAUGCAGCCGAAGUCGUUGGUUGCCGCGCAGGAACAAUUUGACGAGCUGCUCGCGGUGCUUGACAUCCCGCUGUCUCUGCCGGGCCACGAGAAGGUCGAGCGCCUGAAGGCGAUGCCGCCGCGCCGCCUCCUCGCCGCCAUCCCCAGAAUGCAGCGCCAUCAAUUCCGCGCCGUCGUUGACGACGCCUUCGUCCGGAAGAAUCUGUACGCCGACAUCGACACGGGCGACUUUGCCAGGCGCAUGCGCGCGCGUGGCAUCGCUCUCAUGACGGGCGAGUGCCGCGACGAGCACAACCUCUACGGCACAUGGUACCCGCCGGGAGACGAUCUCGAGUCGCUGCGCGCGCGGCUGUGUGCAGAGUACCCCUCAUCGGCCGUCGACGUCCUCAUCCAGCACUACUACCCGCAGGGCCGGUUGCCGGCUGGCGUGCGCGACUGGCGCGAUGCGUUCGGCCGGAUAUACGCAGACAUGCAGGUCCACCACCUGGAGCGCGGCUUCGUCGACAAGCUGCACGCCGGCGGCGCGGGCGAUUUGGUGUAUCGAUACCGCAUCGAGUGGCGGCUGCGCUGCUGCGACCGCUUCCUGCCGCCCGCCUGGGGCGUCACCCACACGGCCGACAAGCCCAUCUGGUGGUGGGGCAACGGCAUGGAGCUGGCUGACGAGGAGAAGGAGCAGGCGUGGGCGGCGCUGACGGGGCCGUAUGUCCGCUUCGUCAAGGGUGAGCUGGACGAGCUGCGGAGGGAAUGGGGCACCAGCGGCCCGAGACAGGUGCGGAUGGUGGACUCGCAGGGGAAGCUCGUCAUCUGGGAGGACAGCAUGUGGGAUGAGGGAACGAGCGUGUGGAACCAACUCCGGACGGUUGGCGCGACGCAGACGGGGCGAAACAUCGAGGAGAGUGCUAAACUACACAUCAUCCUGGACUAUGAUAGGGCUUAG